AUGGAGAGCAAACCUGCAGCCGCAGCCACGCAAAAUGGCUUCUCUGUUCUGCCAGGCGAUACAGUCGCCGUUGACAUUGAAUCGGACCCGAGUACCCGUGGCCGAUCCUCCUCAUCCUGUUCCACGACGGACAGGGAUACGCUGGGGUCGACUGACAAAGGCCCGUCCUCGCAAAGUAGCGACAGCGGCGACACAGACCUCCUCGCAGAGGUAGCUGAGUUAUGUCAGUGUUCGCCCGAAGAUGUUGAGGAUGUGUACGCCUGUACUCCCCUGCAAGAGGGGAUGAUGGCCCUCACGUUACGGGACUCGACCGCAUACACAGUCGACUAUGAGUACACCCUCCCGCGCGCUACCGACCCAAAGCGCCUGCACGCCGCAUGGGAAGAAACGGCACAGGCAAACCCCAUCUUGCGAACACGAAUUGUAUCGACGGCCGGGCACGGGUGCAUGCAGGCCGUGAUCCAGGGUCCGAUCCCAUGGACAGAAGCCGCGACCGACGAUGAUGAAGGGCCUCGCUUCACAGCGAAUCCGUCCUGGAAGGCAGGACUACCCUUGGCCUAUUUCACAUUCUUGUCCUCGCGGCGUGUCUUGAAAAUUCUCAUCCACCACUCCGUCUGCGAUGAUUGGUCUGUUGCCCUGCUUCUGCGCGAGACCGACAAGGCCUACCGCAGCCCAGGCACCCUCACCAAACAUCCAUUCCGGCCCCUGGUAGAUUACGUGCAACGGACUCGAGCACAGGCGACGGAGUUUUGGAAGGACAAGUUCCGCGAUGCCGAAACAACCUCGAUGAGCGCGUACCCCCCGCUACCUUCGAGGGGAUACAACCCCCAUCCAGGACACUGCCGCGAGCGGACAUGGGAGAUCAACAGUAAAUUGAGCGGGGCAUUUACGGUCAACACCAAGUUGCGGCUCGCAUGGGCCGUCCUACAGGCCUUCUACGUCGACUCCCCAAAUGUUCUCUUCGGUGCUAUCAAUGUCGGUCGCGGUGUGCCCGUCAAUGGAAUCGAAGAGCUUUGCGGGCCAGCAUUGACCAGCGUCCCCGUCCUGGCUCGGCUGCGCAUGCAAGACACGGUAACCGAGGCACUCAUGUCCAUGCAGCGAGAUUGGGCCUCGGAUAUGCCUUACGAGCAUGUUGGCCUGCAGAACCUAAUGCAUCUGGGCUCGGGGCCCAAGGCAGCCUGCGGAUUCCAAACACUGUUGGCCGUGGAGCCUCGGGGUGCGCACCACAUUCCACAGUUAUUUGCCCAACACCGCGCGGUGCAACGGAACUAUGACCUCUACGGUCUGAUCCUACGGUGCAGGCCAUCACAAACACAGAUGCGCGUCGAGGCCUGGUUUGACCCUGCAGUCGUGGAGCCACGACAGAUGGAGCGGAUCCUUGGGCAGCUUGCCCACAUAUAUGGCCAGAUUGAAAGGCUUCCCAGCAUCGCUCUAGCCGAUGUUGAUCCCAUCAGCCCAGAAGAUCGCGAGGAACUCCUCCGGUUCAACGCCCCUGUCGCACCAAGUGCCUCGACCCGGUCGUGUGUUCACACGCUGAUAGAAGGAAGAGCGACCGCGCAGGGAGAGGCGCCGGCCAUCCAUAGCUGGGAUGGGGAUCUGUCGUACAAGAUGCUCGAUGAGAUGACGUCCGUGCUGGCAGCGCAUCUUUCCAGGGAGUCCAUCAGGUCCGGAUCGUUUGUGCCCCUGCUGCUACCAAAGUCGAAAUGGACGCCGAUCGCGAUGCUGGCUGUGAUAAAAGCAGGCGGUGCAUUUGUCCUCCUGGAUCCUUCCUUCCCAGUGUCGAGACUCAGGCAAAUGUGCGAGGCUGUGCAAGCGCCCUUCGCCAUCACCUGCAAGGAACUGGCCAACAAGACUGCCGAGCUGGGCACCGCCAGCUUUCUGGUGGAUGACUUUGACUUUGAGACAGCGCUCGACCAGACUCGGAGCAUGUCCUUGCCGGACAUCAGUCCUGUUGCCUCUCUAUACGCUACCUUUACCUCAGGCUCCACCGGAACGCCCAAGGGUGUCCUUGUUAGGCACGAAGGCUAUGUUGCGAGUGCUACUGCCCAUGGACCGCCAUACGGCUUCGGGCCUACCGCACGCGUCCUGCAGUUUGCGUCACCGGCAUUUGAUUCGUGUAUUAUCGAGCACUUGAGCACGUUGAUCAUGGGUGGCUGUGUGUGCAUCCCGACGCAAACCGAGUGCCACAGCCGUCUGGCCACCACCAUAUCCGAAUAUCAGGUGAACGUCGCUUGCUUGACACCGAGUGUGGCAAGAAUCAUCCCUCCCGACUCGGUACCGGGACUCCAUACGCUGGCGCUUGUGGGAGAGACGGUACAAGCGAGUGACGUCGAGCGGUGGGCAUCCCAAGUCCGGCUCUGCAAUGCUUAUGGUCCGGCCGAAUGCUCGGCUGUAUUUAGUGUCCAGCCCCAUCUGGUCCAGAAGGACCCAGCCAAUAUUGGAUACCCGACGGGUGGUGUUGGCUGGGUCGUGGACGCAGCGGACCCGGAGAGGUUGAUGCCCCUUGGCAGCACCGGCGAACUACUGAUUGAGGGCCCGAUUGUCGGUUCGGGCUACAUCGCUGACAACGAACAGACUGCACGAGUUUUCGUGGACGCGCCUCGCUGGAGAAAAAGAUUCGGGGUGGUGCAGGAUGUUCCGUUCUAUAAGAGUGGGGAUCUUGUCCAGUGCACCGGGGAUGGGAGCUUUCGGUAUCUGGGUCGCAAAGAUACGCAGGUUAAACUUCAUGGCCAGCGGUUGGAGCUUGCAGAGAUCGAGAAUCAUCUGCACACAUGUUUUCCAGAGGCCAAGCAGGUCGUCGUCGACAUGCUACGCUCCGAUUCGUGUUCAACAGCCGCAAAGAAUCGCCCUGACGCUGUGCUCGUUGGCUUCAUAGCGCGAGAUUCAGCAGCCGCCGAAAAAGGCGUCCGAGGGCAGGGGUCCAUCUUCCAGGCCGCGUCUGAAGACUUUCGUAGCGGUUGCGAGAGGGCAGAGACCUGUCUGCGCGAGGCACUGCCGUCCUUCAUGGUCCCGGCCGUGCUGCUGCCAGUUGUGCGAAUGCCUCUAAGUCCAUCUGGCAAACUCGACCGUCGUUUCCUGCGUGACCAGGCAUCUCUAUUAUCGUGGAAACAGAUGCAGGCCUACCGUACAGCGACCAUUCCUCAGGCGCAACAACCGGUUACUCCGCAGGAGGAGCGGUUAAGGGAGAUAUGGGCGAAAACGCUGAAUAGACCCCUGCAGGAGGUUGGAGUUACAGACAGCUUCUUCCGGCUUGGGGGCGACUCGAUCACUGCGAUGCAGGCCGCGACGGCGUGUCAGGCCGCGGGGUGGCCUGUCAUGGUUGCAGACAUCUUCCGCUGUCCAUCCGUUCGAAAACUCUCCCAACGCAUCCAAGAGCUGGGCACAAAAGCCCCAUUCCUGGUUCAGUCUGGAGAAGACGCGACGGACACCCCUUUUGAGCUCUCGCCGGUUCAGCAGCUGUUCUUCGAGCACGUACCGGAGGGCCAUAACCGAUUCACGCAGCAGUUCCUGCUAAGGCUCAACCGGCCGGUAUCGACGAACAAGAUUCGGAAGGCUACGGAAGCCUUGGUCAACCGCCACUCAAUGCUCAGAGCACGUUUCCGCCGGCAGGACAACGGUGCGUGGGAGCAGAGGAUCACGCCGGAUGCCCGUGAAAGCGUCCUCUUCAGGGAACAUUGGAUUCCAACUGGUGAUGAUUCUCAGUCCGUACUUAAGCAGAUACUGUACGACAGCCAGGGCCAGCUGGACAUUGAGCGGGGACCACUGCUGGUUGUGGAUCUGAUGCAUGAAGAAACGGGGCAGGAACUACUCGGAUUCAUCGCACACCACCUAGUGGUGGAUCUAGUCUCGUGGCGCGUAAUGUUGAAGGAUUUCGAAGACCUUCUAGCAUCCGGCCGCACACUGCAAGCGCCCUCACUUUCAUUCCAGCAGUGGUGUCGGAUGCAGCAGGAGUAUGCUCUGAAACGCAUAGAUCCUCAGACAUGCCUCCCCACGCCUGUACGGACAGCUCCAGACGACUAUUGGGGCCCUGAGAUAGCGAACAAUACCUGGGGUCAGGCGAUCGCCCAGACAAUAUGCCUCACUCCCGAAACAACGCAGGCAAUUCUUGGACCCGCAAAUGAUGCCUUCAACACCAACGUAGUUGAGAUCCUUCAGGCUGCCCUCCUCCACUCGUUCGUCCGCAUGUUCCCCGACCGCGCGUGCCCGACGCUGUGGAGCGAAGGGCACGGUAGAGAACCCUGGGACCCACAGAUCGAUAUCUCCCAGACGGUGGGUUGGUUCACUACAAUGGCGCCGCUGUCUAUUGAUGCCUGUUCAGGCCAGGAUAUCACAGAAGUCAUGCGACAAACCAAGGACAGGCGACGGGCAAUCCCAGGGAAUGGAUGGCCGUACUUCGUAGCGCGCUAUUGCCAUCCCGAUGGCCGGAAGCAUUUUGGUCGCCAUACGCCUAUGGAGAUCCUCUUCAACUAUACCGGCCAGUUCCAGCAGUUGGAGCGUUCGGGCGCACUGCUUCAGCUCGCCACGGCCCCCGACCAUGACCUGGUCCCCAUGCCUCCCGACAUGCCGCGGUUUGCGCUGAUGGAUAUUUCUGCGACUGCUAUUGGCGGGUCCCUGAAUGUCACCUUCAUGUAUAACAGCAAGAUCAGGCAUCAGGCUAGGCUGGCGGAAUGGCCACGGGUUUUUCGGAAGACUCUGGAGGGACUUCCCAGUGCGCUGAGCCAGUCCCAAAGGCUGACAAUAUCCGACCUUCCCCUGUUGGCGCUGGAGACGGAUCAGCAGUUGCACGACGUUCUCCAAGAAACAGCUCGGAAAUGUCAGAUUGCUCAGAAAGAUAUCGAGAGCAUAUAUCCCUGCGCACCAAUCCAACUGGGCAUGUGGCUGAGCCACCUGAAGCUCGCGGACAUGUACUGGUCACAGAUCCGGUGGGCGGUCCGUCCGUCGCAUGAGAGCGCUGUCCCUGUCGACGUUGAACAGGUUCGCAAUGCCUGGCAGCAAGUUGUGGACCGUCACCCGAUACUGCGAACAACGUUUCUCAAUGGUGUCGGUGGGUAUAGGGACCCACUGCAGGUGGUUCUGGCCACUGUGGUAGCAGAUAUCAGGGUCCUGACUAAAGCUGCAAAGACCACGGACCUCGAUGGGGAAGGGAAGCAUUAUCUAGGAGAUCCGACAAAGCCAGCCCAUCAGCUGCAGCUGUAUCCUUAUCCGGAUGGCAGUGUUUCGUGUCUGCUUAGCAUCCAUCAUACCCUGAUGGACGGGACCACCAGUCGGAUCAUCCUCGCGGACUUUCAAGACGCAUAUAACGGAGUCCUAGACGACACGCGGGGUACUCCUUACGAGUCGUACAUGGAAUACGUUUUGGGCAAUUCCCUCAAAAAGUCCAACCGCUACUGGAUGGAGUAUCUAACUGGUGUGCACGCGUGCAUUCUUCCAUCGCUCGCGGCUCCAAACCAGAGCCAGCAGCCAGCUGGACUAGGCUCAGCAGCGUUCAACUUGGGCCCUGCGGACAAUCUGCUCGCAUUCUGUCACCAGCAUGGUCUUACUAUCUCCACUGUCUUGCGCGUCGCGUGGGGUCUCGUCUUGCGUUCGUAUACAGGGUUGGACUCGGUCUGUUUCGGGUAUCUGGCAUCUGGACGAGACAUCCCCUUGCGAGGGGCGUCCACAAUUGCUGGUCCACUGAUUAAUCUGCUGAUUUGCAGAAUCUCCCUCAACGGCGACUUGCCAAUCCUGUCCCUCUUGGAAGACAACCAGGCUGACUACGGGCGCAGUAUCGAGCACCAGCACUGGUCCGCGGCGGAGGUGAUGCAUUCGCUGGGCCUUUCUGGGCAGCCACUGUUCAACACCGCCAUGUCGCUGCAGCAAACAGACACAGGCCCGCUUGGAGAUGGAGAUUCUACUGCCACCGUGGUCGCGGAAGGUGGGCAUGAUGCAACUGAAUAUACCGCUGCGGUCAAUAUUACAAUUGACAAGGGCACGAUCCUCGGAAAUCUCACAUACUGGACGCAGGCGCUGGGAGAUGAGCAGGCGGAAUUGAUCACAGACACCUUUCAACAGUGUGUCUUGCAGCUCGUAAACACCCAGCACAGACUGUUGAAAGACCUCCAGAUUCUGGGUCCGAAGAAUAAAUCCCGACUCCGGAUGUGGAACGGCAAUGCCCCAGAUCCAGUGCGCUUGUGCAUCCAUUCCGGCAUCAGGGAGCGAAGCGUCUCGCAUCCCAAAGCGGCUGCUGUUUCUGCCUGGGACGGCCAGUUGACGUACGGUGAGUUGGACCAAAUCGCGUCCUCCUGGGCUCUCCGACUAUAUGAACAUGGCGUACGCACUGAGACGUUUGUCCCCAUCUGUGGCGGCAAAUCCAAGUGGAUCGUCGUUGCGGUCCUCGCCGUCCUCAAAGCGGGCGGCGCAUUCAUCCUUCUAGAUCCAUCACUUCCUGCAGAGCGACUGCGCGAGAUGGUGCAGCAGAACUUUCAAUGUCCGUUCAUCGUUGCGCCGGCUGAAUACAAGGCGCUCGCUGCGCAUAUCGUCCCAUGCACCAUUCUCAUCGAAGACCUCCAGCACGGCCUGAGGAUUGGCACCCCCAUUGACGGUGUUCGUGGCCGGGCGAGCUCGCCCAGCUCUGCUGCAUAUGCGACCUUCACUUCUGGGACGACGGGCAGGCCAAAAGCGAGCAUUAUCGAGCACGAGUCCUUCUGCUCAUCGGCAGCAGCACAUAUUAGAGCCCUUCACAUUACCAAACGCUCCCGCGUUCUCCAGUUUGCCUCUUUUGCCUUUGAUGUCUGUAUACUGGAGAUUCUCAGCACUCUUCUGGCCGGUGGCUGUGUCUGUGUUCCAGGGCAAGACGGCAGGGAGAGGACGCUUGCGCGGGCAAUCCAGAGGCAUAAAGUCAACUGGGCCAUCUUGACGCCCUCUGUUGCCCGUAUCCUAACCCCCAGGGAGCUUCCUACACUAAAAACAUUGGUUCUGACCGGGGAAGCUAUGAGAGCUGAGGAUGUGCGCCGAUGGGAAUCGCAUGUGGAGCUCAUGAAUGCGUACGGACCAUCAGAAUGCUCUGUGAUAGCAACAGCUCAACCAAGUUCAGAAGUCCUUCUAUCACAAGCAGCAAACAUCGGCAAGGGUACAGGCAGCGUGACGUGGGUGGCAGACCCAAGCGACCCAAGGACGGCUGUCCCCAUUGGAGCGCCAGGUGAACUGCUGCUAGAGGGUCCCAUUAUUGGACGUGGGUACGUUAAUCAUUCAGAAACCCAGAAAUUGUCCUUUAUGCCGUACCUCUCGUGGAUGCGAACUAUACGUGACUCGGCAAGCGGUGGCCUGUACAAGACUGGUGAUCUCGUACGGUAUCUGCCCGACGGUUCUCUGCAGUACAUCGGCCGCAGGGAUCGCCAGGUCAAGCUCCAUGGCCAGCGUAUAGAGCUGGCAGAAGUUGAGCAGCAUGUCAUGAGGUGCUUCCCCAGAGGUUGCCAUGAGCUGUUCGCCACGCUCGUGGCCCUGAAUGGGACGGAAUCACCGUAUCUGGUAGUCUGCGUGGUGGAGGAAGAUCAUUCCACACAUAAGAGUAGUUUCAACGCUGCAGUCGAAGAGGCUCAACGUCGCCUGAAAACGGAGGUUCCAACAGUCAUGAUACCAGCGGCCAUUGUUCCCCUACGCCAUGUGCCCCGCCUGGUCAACGGCAAAGUCAACCACGACCUGAUCAGCAAAGAGGCAGCGAGGGCACUAAAGUCUCAGCUGGAGCAGGCUCAAGAGCCACGGGAGAUCUGGCGACCUGAGUAUUUGACACAGGGCGAGCGGUUGCUACAGGCUCUGUGGGCACAGGUUCUAGACUGUCCACUGGAGGCUGUCGGGCCGAGCGACAAUUUCUUCCAGUUGGGGGGUGAUUCAAUUGCCGCCAUGAAGCUGGCUGCUGCAGCCUAUAGCUCCGGCCUUGAUCUGACAGUUUCAAUGAUCUUUAUGCACCCCCAGCUGCAGGACUUGGCCCGGGUUCUCUCUGCUUCGAGCGCAAAUGAGAACGACCAGGUCGUCGACGCGCUUACACCCCUCUCCCUGAUCCCCAACGAGCACCAGACGGAAGCACGCGAGCAGGCGGCCUCGCAAUGCUGUGUAGAUGACGGUGAUAUUGAGGAUAUCAUUCCCUGCACGGCUCUGCAGAGCGGGCUUGCUGUCCUAACCGCGGAGAGACCGGGGGCCUAUGUGGCUCACCAUCGGCUACGGUUAUGGGAUAAGGUUGAUUUGGAUAGACUACAAGCUGCAUGGGAACAGGUCUCCAUCACUCACCCAAUCCUGCGCACACGAAUCAUUGAGACAGUUGGUCUUGGCUGUCUCCAGGUCGUUGUCCGGAACCAGGGGCUGAGCUGGACGGCUCCAGACCAGGAGGGAACCGAGCAAAUCAGCCAGGGGGUUCCGUUUGGAAAGUCCCUUGUACACAUGAAACUUCUUCGAACAUCUCGCGAGGGAUCCUCCGAGGUUGAUCUGAUGCUAACAAUGCAUCAUGCCGUGUAUGAUGCAUGGUCUCUGCCACUGCUCCUCCUGGAAGUAGAGCGAGCCUACCGCAACGGCCACGGUUCUUCUGCUCCCGCCGUCCGCUAUCAGCAUUUCGUCCAAUAUGCACUAUCGCAAAAAGAUGCAGCGCUCGAUUACUGGCGGGGACAGCUUGAGGACUUCGACGCCGAGCCGUUCCCUGCGUUGCCAGCCCCGUCAUAUCGACCCCGAGCUCUACAGGUGAAGCGAUGCUCGCUGGACAUUAAACCAUUCGAUGCUUCGGUCACUCGCAGCACAGCCAUCCGGUUAGCCUGGUCACUCGUGCAAGCGCAGUACCAAGGAAAGCAGGACGUCAUAUUCGGGAUGGUCUCAACCGGAAGAACGGCCCCUGUCAAGGGGAUCGAAUCCAUCGCUGCGCCAACGAUCGCCACCAUCCCACUUCGAGUCAUGAUCGAUGCUUCAAUGACCGUCUCGCAGGCUCUAGGGAAUCUGCAGCGACAGAUCACUCAGAUGGUCCCAUUUGAGCAGGUCGGUCUUCCCGCGAUUGCAGCGCUGGCGCCCAAUGCGUCUCGUGCAUGUGGAUUCCAGACGCUGCUGAAUAUCGAAGGGCGAGGAGAAGUCGAACGGAUAGUGGCCGAGCUCGAGAUGAUGCAGCCUGUGGACACGGUUUUUGCCGAUGGUGCAUUCAAUACGUACGCUCUAAAUCUGAUUGCCUCUCUUAAGCCUGGUUCAGUGGCGAUUGAAGCUGCGUUUGAUGAGGCUGUCAUCCCAGACUGGCAGAUGCAGCGCAUCCUCGAUCAGUUUAGCUUCAUGCUUGAACAGGUGUGCACCAGACCACGCGCGACAGCACAGGAACUCAUGACGAUCAAUCCGAGCGACAUGCAGCAGGUAAAGGCGUGGAACGCACGAAGCCGAUCCCUGGUACCUGCGACGGUGGCGGACGUGAUCAACCAGCAUUGCACCUCUCAGGCCCUGGCUCCUGCUGUAUGUGCUUGGGAUGGUGAUCUGACCUACCAGGACCUGGACUGCGGAUCCAGUACAAUUGCGGGGAUACUAGAAAGUCAUCGUAUCGGUCCGGAAAUGUUUGUUCCCAUUUACAUGGAUCGGUCUCGAUGGGUGGUGGUGGCUGCUCUCGCGGUCCUCAAGGUUGGAGCAGCCUUUGUGCUGCUGGACACGUCUUAUCCCCCGGGGCGACUGCGAACCAUCUGCGACGAGAUUCAAGCGCCCUGCAUCCUAACUUCGGAAUCGCGCCACCAAGACGCUCGGACGUUGAUUGACCAGGUCGUCGUUGUUGGCAACAAACACCUCGCAUCGUCUCCAGAUUCAACACAUCGAAGGCACUCACCGGCCAGAAAUCCGCACCAGGCAUUGUAUGCAGUCUUUACCUCGGGCUCGACAGGCAAGCCAAAGGGCGCUGUGGUCGAAAAUGGCGCCUUUGUCACAAUGGCGGCGCCGUGGACGCACACGAUGAAGGUUGACUCCCAUUCUCGCGUCCUCCAUCUUGCCUCAUAUGCGUUUGACGUCAGUAUUCUCGAAAUACUCGGGACGCUGUUUGCUGGGGCUUGCAUCUGCAUCCCGAGCGAAUCCGGGCGGAGAGAGGGCGUUGCUGAGGCGGUGCAAACCCUCCAGCCGUCCCAUGCCAUACUCACUCCCUCACUCCUGCGUGCAAUGACACCGGGCGAUCUCGGCCCAGCCAGUACUGUUAUGCUAAUUGGGGAACCCCUCCGUGCCAGUGACGUUGCCCAAUGGGCCGAUCAUGUGCGCCUGAUCAAUGCAUACGGACCAGCCGAAUGCACCGUUGUAUACACCAUGCAGGCCUCGGUCCACAUUCCGUCUCGGGCAUCAAAUAUUGGACAUUCCAUCGCUGGUGCGACCUGGAUUGCUGAUCCUAGCGACCCCAAUCGGCCGGUUCCCAUCGGUGCAGUUGGUGAGCUCCUCUUACAAGGACCGUUGGUUGGCCGGGGGUAUCUCAAUAACCCAGAGCAAACGGCGGCUGCAUUUAUCGAUUGCCCGUCCUGGUUGGCUCCCUCAUAUUCAGACAAUCACCAGUGCAUCUCAAAGGUGUACCGCACGGGUGAUCUGGUCCGCUAUGACAGUGACGGGUCGCUUUACUUUGUGGGACGAAGGGAUUCGCAGGUCAAGCUCCGGGGCCAGCGCUUUGAGCUUGGAGAGGUCGAGGAUCAAGUACAACGAGCAUUUGGGGGCAGCUUGAGUGACGUCGUGGCUUUGAUCGUUACACCUGCCACUGCUCAGCAAGCACCCUAUCUGGUCGUGUUUGUUGUCCCUCCGCAUCCAGAGAGCGCCCCUGAGGCCUCGACUUUAUUGAUGCCACGGCUUCCCGUCAUUGAGCCACCGUCUUUCGCGAGCAAGACCUACAAGGCGCAAGGUAUCCUUGAAGACACCUUACCAAGCUACAUGCUUCCCAGGGCAAUCAUCCCUCUUCGGCAGAUGCCGCGAACAAUCGGAGGCAAACUAGAUAGACGACAGCUCCAGGAGGCUGCUGCCGGUCUCACCCCCCGGGGCCUGUCAUCAUUUAUGCUAACUGGCACAAAAACGCGCAUUGCCUCGACCGAGGCAGAGCGGGCGCUGCAACGCAUCUGGUCCCGCGCCCUCGGUCUUCCUCCCAGUGAGGUCGGGGUUGACGACAGCUUCUUCCGCUUGGGGGGUGACUCGAUCUCUGCUUUACAGGCAACCACCCAGGCUCGUGCCGUGGGAAUUCAACACUCUGUGUCAGAUCUGUUCCGUUGGCGGACAAUCGUACAGGUUGCACGGCGGUUUGCCAGGGAUCACCAGCAGGGCGCUGGGGACUCUAGUAAUGUUGAAAAGAUCCUGGCAUGUACACCAGCACAGAGGGGGAUUCUGUUGAGUCAAGUGAGAGACCGCGCGAGCUAUACCCCUCACUUUUUGUGGAAGAUCCAGCAGGAAGCUGGCCCAGUUAAUCUGGAUCUCUUGGUUAGCGCAUGGCAUCAGGUCGUCGCUCGCCACGCAGCUCUCCGAACCGCUUUCCAAGCAGACUUGUCAAAUGAUGGCCAAUUCGAACAGGUCUGUUUCCGUCAGGUCAAGCCUCGUGUCAACCUAAUUCAAAACGUUCCUGCUGCGGCCCAUGAAGAUGGUACUCCCACUGUGCUGAAACGGAUCUCCUCAACCGUGAGUCAGUUGGACGGAGAAACGACUCCUCAUCAGCUCACUGUGUGCACCACCGAUACUGGUGAUGUAUACGUGCGGCUCGAUGUAAGCCACGUAAUUAUUGAUGCGAUGUCUAUGGCAAUUUUGGAGACCGAUCUUCGUCAAGCGUACGACUCGUCUUUGCCAGUUGGCACGCAGAGCGAUGCCUAUGAGAAUUAUGUCACUUUUGCCCAGAACCAGACGUCGGACUCUGCUUAUAGCUACUGGCAGGCUUAUCUCGAGGAUGUUGAGCCGUGCCGACUGCCAGUGGAGAGGCAUCCAACCGAUACCGGCCUGGUAGAUACAUUGACACAGCUCGAUAUUGCAGUUUCAAGUUCUGCCUUCGACAUUGAAUCCUUCUGUCGUGGAACUGACUGGACCGCUUCCACCUUGUUAUAUUUCGCGUGGGCCCUGACUCUACGUGCUUUUACCAGAUCUGAUGAUGUGUGCUUUGGGACUCUGACUUCGGGCCGGCUGGUGCCUGUGGAUGGGAUCGAUGGCGCCAUUGGACAGUUCUCCAACAUGUCUGUAUGCCGAGUCCGGAUGGGACGAGAGAUGGAAGUGGACGAGGUUGCGCUGCGCCUGCAGGAGGACUAUUCGAAUGUGUUGGCGUACCAGGCAUUCCCCCUUGUAGAGAUUGCCAGAGCCGCAGGAAUCCCCAUGGACGAGCUCACAUCGACGGCGAUCAACGUGCAAUAUGAACCGGCGUCCACUCUAGAGGAGAAGCACUCGCUCUCAUUGAUCCCAGUCAGUGGAAUGGAUCCCAUCUCGCAAGACAUCACCGUCUACAUUUUGCUGGAGCAAAACGGUUGCAUCCGGGCGACGAUGAGCUAUCGCCCAUCCACCGUGUCCUCUACAUUUGCUACGCAGCUAUCCGAGUAUUUCGACCUGGCCGUUUCAUCGCUGAUCCAGGGCCCCAGCACGGUGAUUCGGGAUCUUGAGCUUCUCACACCCCGGGAUCGAGAUGGCUGGACUUACCUGAACCCAACCCUUCCUUCACACCCAGACGCAACAGUACAUGAUCUCAUCCGAAUCAGAGCCCAGGAGUUCCCCGAUCACCUUGCAGUCUCCGGUCUAGACGGCAUCUUUACCUACACGGAGCUGGACCAACUUGCAACAAGGGGAGCGACACUGCUCCGAGCACGCGGAGUGUCCAACGGCCAGUGCGUCCCGCUUUGCUUUGAAAAGUCCCGCUGGGUCUCGGUCGCUAUUCUCUCGGUGCUCAAGGCUGGGGGAACCAUCGUGCCACUUGACCCUGCGCAGCCAGUCACCAGGCUCAAGGAGAUCUGUAACCGAGUCAAAGCCACUCUUACCAUAUCUUCUCCCUGCCAGGUCUCUAUUUGCGGGAUGCUGACGGACGAGGUGUUGGAACUCGGCGAUGCCACAUUUGCUCAGCAUCAUGGCGAUAUUGACCAUGCUACGACGGCCGCUCCCCACGCGGUGGCCUCUUCUCAAUCAGUAUACAUUCUGUUCACCUCAGGAACGACUGGUACACCCAAAGGGGUCAUGGUUUCCCACUCUUCUUACUGCUACGCAGCGGAGCACCAUAUUCGGGCAUUCGGGCUCGAUCACACCUCUCGUGUCCUCCAGAUUUCUUCGUACUCAUUCGACGUCUCCAUGAUGGAGAUUCUGACUACAUUGAUCGCUGGUGCUACAGUGUGCACCAUUACGGAUGGUGAGAGAAGCGAUAUGCUCAUGAACGGUGCCUGCCCUUUUGCAGUUUCCCAUGCAUACUUGACUCCGUCCCUGGCUGGCACCUUGGACCCCAGCAAGGCAGCCUGGGUAAACACCCUUGUACUCCAGGGAGAGCCAAUGACGGCGUCACACAUUACAGCGUGGGCAGACAAGUGCCGCCUCAUCAACGCGUAUGGGCCCACUGAGUGUGCAGUCAUCAACACAACAACCGGCUCCCUCGCUCAUGGAGACGAUCCGCGCUGUAUAGGCCGCGGGUUGGGUACUCACUGCUGGGUGGUCGACCCGGAUGACCACAACAUUCUUCUACCUCUCGGGGCCGUUGGUGAGCUAGUCUUGGGUGGCCCGGCGGUAGGACAAGGAUAUCUGGAUGAGCCUCAAAAGACUAAUGAAGCGUUCAUUAAGCCUCCAACCUGGCUGCGGGCGCUUAAUCUCGGCGGCGGAAGCCAUGAGAGGCUGUACAAAACUGGUGAUCUCGUCCGAUGCGAUGCAGAAACCGGCAAUUUGAUCUUCGAGGGCCGCAAAGAUCAGCAGAUCAAGGUCCAUGGGCAGCGAAUCGAGGUCGCUGACGUCGAACACCACACUCGGCGAUGCUUUGAUGGAGCAAAGGAGGUUGUCGUCGAGCAAGUCUUCCUUCCCCGAACCGCACAAUCGACAGAUCCAUCUUUGGCAAUACCUUCAAUGGUCCCUCGUCUCGUAGCCUGUGUGAUGGGCGGUGUCGCACAUGAGACCAUGUCCGACCUGAAUGGCCACGGCAGUCGCUCUUCCUCCAGUGUGCUGCUUCCCCCGUCUUCCGAGUUCCAGAGCGCUACAGCCAUCGCUUUGAGGGAACUGCGCCAGCUGCUUCCUGGCUACAUGGUCCCCGAUCUCAUUCUCCCAGUUUCGCGCAUUCCACUAUCGAGUUCUGGAAAGACCGACCGCUCGCGACUCCGUGAGCAUAUCCGCGCCGUUCCAGCUGCAGAUUGGCCCCUGUAUUUCAGCGCUCAACAGAGCAAACGUCCUGUGGAAGGAGAGACAGAACAUACCUUCCAGGAAAUCCUCUCUGCCGUCCUGGAGAUACCAGGAGAGAAUAUCAGUGUGGACGACAGCUUCUACCACCUCGGCGGGGACUCGAUUGUGGCCAUCAAAGUCGCUGCUCGAGCCCGUGCAGCAGGGUUUACUAUCAGUUCGCACGAUAUCCUCCGUCAUCCAACAAUCGCCGAGUGGGCCAGCAUGGCUGGUUCCACUCAGGACAAGUCUGGGCCCGCCAGGAUCUACGAGCCCUUUUCUCUCAUCACCAAGGAAGAACGACAGCUCGUGCUGGCUUCCCACCUUGACAGGGAGCACCCUUUUACGGCCGACAAUGUCGCGGAUAUCCUGCCCGCCGUGGAUUUCCAGUCGUUUUACAUCACAAACUCCUCUCUGGUUUCCACGGCGGAAGUAUUCUCUGCUCCGCUGGAUAUACGCCGACUAUACCAGGCGUGUGCAAAGGUGAUGUCCCAUUAUAGCAUCUUGCGGACCAUCUUCGUUGGCACGGGUGAACGGAUCCUUCAGGUGAUUUUGCGCAAUGUUGACCCUGCAUUCCACUUUGUGCAGCGUGACGAUCCACAGUCCUACAUCGCACACAGAUCCAAGGACACCAUCGCAGCUACGACAGAACAAGGGGAGCUGCUAGUCAGUUUCACGAUAGUUACCAGUCGCACUCGCCCGGACUGGGGCUUCAUCGUCCGCCUGUCCCAUGCACAGUAUGACGGAUCAUCCCUCCCGUUCCUGUGGCAGGCGAUUGCCGCAGCCUACGAGGGCAAAGAGCUGCCCCCGACGACCCAAUUCCGUGAGGUGGUCUAUAAUCGUCUGGGGGAGGCCCACCCAGAGUCAGUCUCGUUCUGGCACGACUAUCUCCAGAAUGCAUCCGAGAAGAGCACCGACCCAUUGGGCACUACCUGCAUUCCUGGCUCUCCGCAAAGCGACGCCAUGCCUCUUACCGUCCGCCGCGAAAUCGAGCAUGAUUGUCGCCUGCCCGAUAUCACCCCGUCCACCCUAGUCAAGGCGUCGGUCGCGUGGGUCCUCUCGCGACAUGCUACACUCUCCGAGAUGAUUCUCGGGCAGGUAGUCCACGGGCGCGGAGGUGGUCAUCUGCCAGGAAUGGAAACCGUCCUUGGACCAUGCAUCAACUUCCUCCCCAUCCGCAUCUCCCUCGGCCAGCAAUCCACCGUCGCUGACCUGCUGCACCACGUCCAAGAUCAACAGCUGGCAACAGUUCCGCACGAUCAUCUUCCUCUCAAGCAGAUCGUCGGCAAAUGCACAAGCUGGCCCGCCGACACCAGGUUCGGAUGUAUCGUCCACCACCAAGCCGCGCAGGCUGGUACUAGUCAAAGCAUAGCAAUCGGCGGCGUCGAAUCCACCUCGAGUACCAGCUGGGCCAACUCAACUCCCGUGCCCGGUCAAGUGGGGAUCAUCUCAAUAGAGCGCGGGUCCUCACUGGACUUGUAUAUGACCUUCCCGACCGAGGGAGUUGCUGAGCCCGUCGCGGAGGAAUUAGCGGACGCUAUUGCGCAUACAAUCCGGCUCUUCUCGAUGUUCCCGGACUACGCCCUGGAUAUCCUGACUCAGGGUGGUGUUUCCUUCAGUCAGCCUGCGGGGCCAUCUGGUCUUCAGCCGCUAUCAGGACGUUUUCCGAACUAG